AUGUAUUGAAGCAUGCAGUUUCGCUGUUGCAGGCAGAUAUUUUUCUCUCGUCCGAUAUUAGCUGAGUUUUGUUUGAUUUAUUGUUCAAAAUUUAAACACGACACCAAUCCUCCUGUUCUCUGCAUGAAGUCUGCCUAGACUAAACCUUAUUUUACAAGCUGAGAAAAGCUACGUAGCUAGCUUGCGGUCUGUCCACAUAUCCAAUGACAUCCGGUGGUGGUGAUAGAAAAGGGAAUGAGCUAAACAAGUACUGCAUAGUAUGGGGUUAACUAAUCGACAAAUUGCAGCGUUGGUAGUGACAGUGCCGUUGUCGGCAUUCUUUCUUUAUUUGCUGUUUAAGAAACAAGAUGAAGAAGAUGAUUUUCCAGAAAACACAUCAAAGAGUGUUGCAUCGGGGCAGCAGACAGUUGUAGAAAUAAAAGUUCCGGACAGAUGUGCUUCAUUUAUUAUUGGUAGAGAUGGGGCAAACAUCAGACAGUCUGAUCGGCUAAAUGCUAUAAACCCAGGUGACAUUGUGGCCGCGCCGUUCCAACAUGAUGAUAAUUGGUAUCGAGCGAAAGUUGUUGGCUUCCUGGACGAUGGUCUUGUAGAUAUUUAUUAUGUUGAUUACGGAGACAAUGGGAGUGUACAUCACAAGGAAUUGAAAGCACUAAGAAGCGAUUUUCUAGGUUUACCGCAUCAAGCUACGGAAUGUUGUUUAGCAGGAGUCCAACCAAUUGAUGGAUUAUGGUCCGAAACUGCAAUUAAUACUUUUGAGGAACUCACCUAUUGUGCUCAGUGGAAGCCUCUGAUGGCAAAGGUCAUGUCAUACAAAUCUACAGAAAAUGGUACCUUGCCAUGUUUAGAAUUGGUUGAUACCAAUAAAGAAGAGGAUGUUUUAAUCGCUUCCAAGAUGAUAGAAACUGGUGUUGCAAUAAAAGAAGUAAAACCAGUAACAGAGGAACACACAUUAUUCCCAUGCGUGGACGAUACUGCCAAGAUGAUACAAGAAGCACCGGAAUAAGCUUACCUCUAAUGUUCUACAUUAUGCCUAAAAAAAAACUUUUGCCGUCAUCCACAGCCCCAAAAAUCCCUACAAAAUUAGAGGCAGGUUUUUUUUAUUUCCAAAAAAGUUUUUUUUUUUAAGUUUGAAAGAUCAAAUGAAAACCACUUUUUCCUCGAUUUUGGGACUGAUCCGUGUUAUAUGGAAAUUUUUAUUGUUUUAAUUUUUUUUUUUUAAACAAAAAUAUGAUCGUUUUUCCAUGAAAAAAUGACAAUCUCACAGUUUUCACUAUGUUUCUAUGAUUUUACGAAAAAAAAAACUUUUUUUCCAUCCGCCCCUGUAUUCAAAUUUUUACAGUGUGACAGCAAACAAAUUUUUUUUAGGCCUUAUUAUUAAGAAAUUUUGCUGUUCCUUGAAUUUUAUUAAUUUUUUUCCAAUUUUAGUUGGCUUAAGUUUGGCGAAGUUCGGAAUAUUAUUAAAAUAUUCUGAUCCUAAACAACAUUGCUCAAUUCAUGAAUGUAAUAGCCACAUUUACACGGCAGAUCAUUGUGAUGAUUGCGUUUAUCUGAUGAUAUACAUAGGUGUUAAGUGACCGUGUAAUUGGUGUCAGUAACUCUGAAUAACGGAUCAGUAACUGCAAUAAUCUAUAGAGUUACCUACUUAUUGCAGCGGCGUUAACAGACAUCAUCAUCAUGAUCUUUAUGCAAAUUAGCUGUUGAUUGACCCGUGUGUGUCAUCACAGAAUUCACUGUUGAUUGACAGCGUGAAUACAAUUAUUAUUUCCAGAAAUGUUUAGAAAUACAGCAAUAGUAGUUAAAAAUUAUGUUUUCAUUCAUUUUUUGACAAAUGGUUUGAAAAAACGCAGCAGUGUGCGUGAUUUUCAGGUCAGUUUUAAUCAUAUGACUUCCUGGUACAACCGAUAUUUUUAUCAUGUAGACGCUCGACUGGAGAUCAUCGGUGUUACUUACCUGAUAGCAACGGCUGUGUAAAAAUGGUUAUUGACAAUAAUGUUUUGUCUUUAAAUAUCAAACCUUGAGGAGGGAAGGUGUCUCAGUCUGUAGAAUUCUUGCCACAGUCAGUGUGUAUAACUAUGGUGUUUAACCAGUAAACCCUGGGCCUGCCUCCAUGGCAUAUGGUUUGUUUUGUAGUUUUCUCUGAGCAUGGUCAGGCAUGCUAUUUUACUUGGUGGCAUGUAUCUGAUGAAACUCAUUGCCCAUGGGCCUCGGUAAAGUUUAGUGGAUUGUUGAGUCUGAGUAUGGAUUUAUUUCAGAUGUAGUGUUAAAUCAUGGUGUAACCAAUGAAACCAGGGCCUAGCCAACUUUGGCAGUAUUGUUGUAUUGGAUUCAGUGGUGGAUGUGUGGUUGGAUACUGUAGUGUUAUAAUAGCAAUAUUCGGAAAGUGACUAAUUACACAUGAACAUUUAAGGCAGAGUCGGAAUUUUAUCAUUUGCAUUCCAGACUUCCAGAAAAGUAUUACUUAUACAUAUUGGGAUGUUGCUUUCAGAUAAAGAAAUUUAGUUUGUUUUAUCUUUUGAGAUAAAAGUCUAGACAUAUUUAUGGGUGGGGCCCCAUCUUAAGUCUGCCACUAUAUAAUCUGGUCAGAAAAAUGCUGAAUCAACUUGACUACGCAUCAAUGUAACAUUCCACGUUCUCUUAUUUCCAAUCCACAGCCACUCCCCAUUUUCUCAAAAUAAGGAUCUGACAGACUUGCAUUUUAUUAAUUAUUUUAAAAUAACGUUUGUAUCACUUUGUAAUACUUUUACUACCAAAACCAUAGCAUCGUUGAGGUUGCACAUAAUGUAUUAAGUCUUCCUUUUUUUUAUACAGGUAGGCCUACUUGCAAAUUCAUCAAGCAAAAUACUUUUUAUGGAGUAUUUGACUCAAGACUACACAUCUAAGUCGAAUUCAAAAUGGCAUUGAAAUAUUGUUCGACUUACAGAUCGUUAAAUAAUGGAAAACAAAAAUUUGUCAUUUAAAAUAAGAUCGACUUUUAAAAUAUUCGACGUAGGCAAGUUUAAAUGUUCUAGAAAUCUGGAUCAUACAAUACCUUGUACAUUGGUGAAAGUCAAGCUUUAUGAAAUACUUUUUAUAACAUUUUUAUCACUGUGUUUUAAAACUUUACCACUCAAACAUAUAAUCAUUGAGGAUGCAUGUGUAUUUACGUCAUUGGUAGGCAUAACGUGAGGAUGGGUAAAACAUUAUUUGUUCUGCUUGAUGUUAAGGUUUUCUUUGCGUAUUAAGGAAAAUUUGUAUACAUAUUAAAUUGACAUGUUUUAAAAUA